GCUAUCCGGAAGUCUGCACUCUUGUGUCUUGAGAAAACAAAUGGCAGGAAUGAAACUGUCGAAAUGAAGUUGAUUUGAUAAUAAAAACAAUCCAAAUUAAAGUGUGACGACGAUACAUUAUUUAAUCUUCACUUGCUUAUUGAUCCUGCAUAUUGUCAUCGAAGAGGUUAGUGAAAUGAAGGAAGAAAUGGCUACAGAGACCGAAUUCUACGUUAUGAAACUGGAGAUUGACAGGGAAGUUGUUUGGGCCAUGCUCCGUAAGAGAGGUUCUGCUAUUCUCUGUGGUGCUUUUCUCUUUGUCGCCUGGAAUGCCGUCGUGGUCUUCUAUCUGUGGGGCCGACCCCUGUCUGAUCGAGAGGAGAGGGAGAUGGAUGGAGGACGAGGAGGGGCUGAUUUGGCUGGGGAUGUGAUCCACAUGGCAGAAGCCUUUGAGGCAGAGCUUGAAAUGCAGAGAAAAAUCCUGCUUCAGAUACAGGGUCAUCGGUCACUAUGGGAACAACCCAAUGAGAAUGGCGCCAGCAGAGGUGGCCCCCCUCAAGUGGUCAUUCCCAUCUUGGUUAUAGCCUGCAACAGAGUUACUGUCAAACGCUGCCUGGACAAACUCAUAGAGUACCGCCCCUCAGUUGAACUCUACCCAAUUAUAGUCAGCCAGGACUGUGGGCAUGCGGAGACUGCACAGGUGAUUGGUUCUUAUGGCAGUCAGGUAACUCACCUGAAACAACCAGACCUGUCAGAUAUUGCCGUGAGACCAGAACACAAGAAGUUCCAGGGCUACUACAAAAUCUCCAGGCACUAUCGCUGGGCUCUCAACCAGGUGUUCAACUCUCUUUCACAUUCCUCUGUUGUUAUUGUGGAAGAUGAUUUGGAGGUGGCACCAGACUUCUUUGAGUAUUUCAGAUCCCUUCACCCAAUCCUGAAAUCUGACCCGUCUCUGUGGUGUGUGUCUGCCUGGAAUGACAAUGGUCGGGACGGCUACGUCGACCCUGGUAAAGCAGACCUCCUGUACAGGACAGACUUCUUCCCUGGGCUGGGCUGGAUGAUGCUCAAGGAACUCUGGAUAGAGCUGGAGACCAAGUGGCCUGGUGCAUUCUGGGAUGACUGGAUGCGUCAGCCAGAUCAGCGCAGAGAUCGAGCCUGUAUUCGACCCGAAAUAUCCAGAACUUUAACCUUUGGACGGAAAGGUGUGAGCCUAGGCCAAUUUUAUGACAAAUACCUACGCUACAUUAAACUGAAUAGUGAAUUUGUGCCUUUCACCAAGCUGGAUCUGGCUUACUUGAAGGAGGAAAAAUACAAGGAGAUCUUUGAGAAGCAGGUUUACAGUGCGCCUUUGGUCAAAUAUGAAGAGGUCCAACGGGGACAGUUAAAAGGAGUGGGUCCAUUUUGUCUACACUACUCAAGCAGAGAUGGUUUCAAAGUGUUGGCCAAAAACCUGGGCGUGAUGGAGGACUUGAAGUCAGGGGUCCCACGGACAGGGUAUCGGGGAGUGGUCAGUUUCCUGUCAAGGGGAAGGAGAAUCUUCCUGGCACCCCCUCCGGGAUGGAGCAAAUAUGACCCAACCUGGAGUUGAUGACAAACACAAAGGACUGAAGAGGAAAGGGCUCUGCACAUUACAGAUAGUACUAUGGCAACAGAAGUGAGACCAAUGAAUGCCAGAUGUGGACCUGGCUUUAAGCUAUAGUGAGAUUAUGAGAUGCCUAUCCUCUCUCUUCCAUUUCUGAUGUUUGAUUCUUCUCCCCAUACUUCUCAGGAUUUUUCAUACGCUCAAAUAAAUAUAUUUUUGCAAUGUGCGGUUGGGAUAGUAGGGUAGGUACCGAUGUCAUUAUUUUCAGAGAUUUAUUUUUUUAUAUACUCUAAUCAUGCACAUGAAAUUCAAUGCAACAUCCACUUUGAUUAUUCUCAGUCUUGUAAGCAAUUUCUGGGAGACUAUCUGUUACUAAUCUAUGUCAGAUGAAAAAUAUAUUAUCUGUGGCGUGUUCAAUAAUGGUGGUGGUCAACUAGUGAUUGGUCCUAAAGUAUAAUUGCUUCACAAUAUUUAGUUAAUCUUUUGGAGAACUGUUUUGACUAUUUUAACCUGGUUAUAAUAAUGCUUAAUGUUUUUCCCAAAGAGACGGCUACUGAAGUGUGUAUUUAUUUAAAUGCAAGAUACACAUCACAAAUGCUGUAUGUUAUGUACUUAAGGAAUUAAAUUCUACCAAUCAA